AUGCCGAGCCUGGACAAGGCCGACUUGGACGAGAUCCCGUACCAGAAGGUGGAGACCCCUCGGUCCACAGCUGUCGACGUCAGUGAACCAGCCAAGGCCAAGAAGGACGGAGCCACCAGCAGCGAGUCCAGCUCCGGCAAGGAGCCUACCAACAACCUCCGAGACGAGAUCGUGCACGACGGCCCCACGUCCUUCAAGUUCGCGAGUCUGUACCGCUAUGCCACGACAUUCGACAAGAUUCUACUUGCGGUCGGUAUCGUCGCGACUGGAGCCAAUGGCGCUUUGUUCCCCCUCAUGGCCAUUGUCUUCGGCAAUGUGCUGACGGGGUUCACCACCACGCCCGUGGAUAUGGACACAGUCAACAGCGCGGCUCUCGACUAUCUGUACAUCGCCAUCUUCAUGUUCAUUACCGACUACGUCUCGUACGUGGCGUUCUACUACAGCGCCGAGCGGCAGAUGAAGGCGCUGAGGAGUGAAGCGCUCAAGCACAUGCUGUACAUGGACAUCAGCUGGUACGACGCGCACGACGCAUUGCAGUUGUCCAGUCGGCUGACGGGCGACACGGUGAGGAUCAAGGACGGCAUGGGCCAGAAGCUCGGCGACGCGUUCCGGUUCACGAUCCAGUUCUUUGUGGGUUUUAUCAUCGGUUUUGCCCGCGGCUGGGAUAUCACACUGGUUAUGGCGUGUGUGAUGCCGGCGAUGACUGUGUCCUUGAGCUGGCUGAUCAAGACGAUGCGCAUCAAGUCCGACUGGGCCCAGAAGGUGUACGCUGAAGCAGGUUCCAUCGCGGAGGAGACGCUGGGCUCUAUCCGCACUGUUUCGUCAUUGAACGGAGAGCCCAAGGCCAUCUACAAGUUUGAGAAGAAGGUGUUCGAGGCGGAGAAGGAGAACAUCGCACUGCACAAGAUGUCGUCGGCUGUGUUUUCCAUGUUCCUGGCGAGCAUUUGGGUCAUGUACUCGAUUGGUCUCUGGUACGGUGGGUGGAAGGCCUCCAAGGGUAACACCACGCCGGGAGAUGUGUUCGCGGCGUUCUUUGGCGUCAUGAUGGGUACCGGUUCCCUCGCGCAAAUUUCGCCGAAUGUGACUGCCGUUUCCAAGGCUGCAGGCGCUGCCGAGGAACUGUUCGCAAUCCUGGACACUGCGAGCGCUAUCGAUGCGGAGAAGGAAGAUGAGGGAAUCAUUCCUGACGCGUGCGAAGGCAAGAUCGAAGCGGUCAACGUCAACUUCACGUACCCGAGUCGUCCUGACGCUCAGAUCCUGCGUGACUACAAUGUCACCAUCGAGCCUGGUCAGACGGUGGCUUUCGCUGGCGCCAGUGGCGGUGGCAAGAGUACGCUGAUUGCCCUGAUCGAGCGCUUCUACGACCCCACCAGCGGCACCAUCUACCUCGAUGGCCGCGAUGUCAAGACGCUGAACGUCAAGUGGCUGCGCUCGCAGAUCGGCAUGGUGUCGCAGGAGCCGGUGCUGUUCGCCACCACCAUCUUCGAGAACAUCGCCAUGGGCGGCGACAACGUGACCCGUGAAGAGGCCAUCGAGGCGUGCAAGCUGUCGAACGCGCACAACUUCAUCAUGUCGUUGCCGGAGCAGUACGACACGCUGGUGGGCGAGAAGGGCGUGUCUCUGUCUGGCGGCCAGAAGCAGCGAGUCGCCAUCGCGCGUGCCAUCGUGCGCAAGCCGAACAUUUUGGUGCUGGACGAGGCCACGAGUGCGCUGGACAACGAGAGCGAGAAGAUCGUGCAGGCUGCGCUGAACAACCUGAUGGCUACGACCAACAUGACGACUCUCGUAAUUGCCCACCGUUUGAGCACCAUCCGCCACGCCGACAAGAUCGUGGUGCUGAACGAGGGCCACAUUGUGGAGAGCGGCACGCACGACGAGCUGUUGAAGAUCGAGCGCGGUAUCUACCAGAACAUGUACCGCAUCCAGGAGUUGCGAUCGCAGGAGGAGCAGCAGGAGGCCGAGAAGCGCGAGGCGGAGAAUGAACUCGAGAGUACGAAGAUGACACGCACAUUGAGCGGAGUAUCGGCGAAGACGGACAUUUCAGUGAGUGCGGUGGAGAAGAAUUUCUUGGACAAGAAGCCGUUCGGCCUCAUGGACAUGCUCAACCUUAACCGACUCGACGUGAACUACUUUAUCAUCGGACUAAUCGGCACCUGCGUGGCUGGUAUCUCCAUGCCGGCAUCUGCUCUGCUUGUUACGGGCAUGAUCACCUCCAUGACGGAGCAGUACGGGCAGUAUCAAUCUUCCGGCGACAGCUCUCACCUUACGACGUUGUACAACGACGUGGAGCUGUACGGUAUUCUCUACCUCGUCGGCGCUGUUGUGGUGGCUGUGUUUACGUUCAUGCAAGUCUACUCUUUCAAGUUCAUGGAGGAGAAGAUCACCACGCGCCUGCGUAACACCAACUUCAAGGGCUUGUGCCGCCAAAAUGUCGGCUUCUUCGACGAGAAGGAGAACGCCACGGGUGCGUUGACGGCCGACCUCGCCACGAACGCCACUAAGGUCUCCCUACUCGCUGGUGAGUCUCAGUCCCGCGCGUUCCAGGCUGUCUUCACUCUGAUCGCCGCUCUCGUGAUCUCGUUCGGGUUCGGCAGUUGGCUGCUGUCGCUCAUCAUGCUGCCGCUGAUCCCGUUCCUGCUCUUCGGACACGUCGUUCGCAUGAAGCAGAUGGAGAAUAGCGGCUUGAUCUCCGAUGACCUGGCAAUCCCCGGUGCCCACGCGUCUGAAGUCCUGAGUAAUAUCCGCACGGUGGCCGCUCUGGGCAUUGAGAAGAAGUCGGUCGAUGUCUUUGACGACCUCCUGGCUGAGCCGCUGCGCAAGGGCAGCAAGGAGGCGCAGGUGAACGGUCUGUCAUUGGGUUUCAGCUCCUUCAUCAUGAUGGCCACGUACGCGCUGAUCUUUUGGUACGGUGCCAAGAAGGUGGACGACGGUACCAUCGGCUUCACGGAGAUGAUGCGGACGCUGAUGGCCAUCACGAUGUCGAUCCAGAUUGUCAGCAGCGCCUCGACCUUCUUGGGCGAUGCGCCCAAGGCGUUCAAGGCUGGCUCGACAAUCUUCGCUAUCCGUGACCGUGUUGCCCCCAUCGAUUCUUUCAGCUCCGAUGGAUUCCGUCCGACCAAGGUUGAGGGCCGUCUCGAGUUCAAGAACAUCUCGUUCCGGUACCCCACCCGUCCGGAGAUCAACGUGCUCAAGAACUACAACCUCACUAUUGAACCUGGUCAGACUGUGGCGUUCUGCGGCCCGAGCGGUGGAGGCAAGAGCACUAUCAUCUCGCUCAUCGAGCGGUUCUACGACCCCGUGGUAGGCGACGUGCUGCUGGACGGCCACAACAUCAAGGACCUGAACCUCAACUGGCUGCGCAGUCAGAUCGGUCUGGUGGGCCAGGAGCCCACGCUCUUCAUCGGCACCAUCGCCGAGAACAUCGGGUAUGGUCUGGCUGAGCAGCCGAGUCAGCAGGAGAUCGAGGAGGCCGCGAAGAUGGCGAACGCGCACGACUUCAUCACGCAGUUCCCGGACGGCUACGAGACGCAGGUGGGCAUGAAGGGCGAGCAGUUGUCUGGCGGCCAGAAGCAGCGCAUCGCCAUCGCGCGUGCGAUCCUGAAGAACCCCAACAUUCUGCUGCUCGACGAGGCCACGAGCGCUUUGGACUCGGAGAGCGAGAAGGUGGUGCAGGAGGCUCUGGACAAGGUGGUGGCGCUGAAGCGGCGGACGACGAUCGUCAUUGCCCACCGGUUGUCCACGAUUCGUCGCGCCGACAAGAUCUGCGUGGUGAGUGGAGGCAAGAUCGCGGAGCAGGGCACGCACCAGGAGCUGCUGCAAUUGAACGGCAUCUAUGCCAACUUGGUCGAGUCAGCUACUACUUAG